AUGGCUGACUGGGACUAUGACUAUCUGAUCAAGCUGCUGGCACUGGGGGACUCCGGGGUGGGAAAGACCACCUUCCUCUACAGGUACACCGACAACAAGUUCAACCGCAAGUUCACAACCACAGUGGGCAUUGACUUCAGGGAAAAGAGAGUGAUGUACAUGGGCACAGGUGCUGAUGGGGCGACUGAAAGGAACUUUAAAGUCCACCUUCAGUUGUGGGACACGGCAGGACAAGAGAGGUUCCGCAGCCUCACUACAGCUUUCUUCCGAGACGCCAUGGGCUUUCUGCUGAUGUUCGACUUGACCAAUGAGCAAAGCUUUCUCAACGUCAGGAACUGGAUGAGUCAGCUCCAGGCCAACGCAUACUGUGAUAGUCCAGACAUCGUGUUGGUGGGGACCAAGGCCGACCUCAGAGAGCUGAGGGAUGUUCACGCCAGGCAGGCCAGAGAUCUGGCAGAUAGAUACGGCAUCCCCUACUUUGAGACGAGUGCAAUGACGGGUGCUGACGUGGACAAGGCGGUGACCACCCUGCUGGACCUGGUGAUGAAGAGGAUGGAGCAUAGCACCAAAAGGGGGCAAAGCUCUGAACCCAAUGGCAGCCCCAUAGCGAGCCAUGAGGUGGAGGAGGCCCCCGUCAGGAGGAGGUGUGCCUGCUGA